UUGAAAUCCAUCAGAAAGUGAUUAAGCCCAUCCAAAAACUUACUUGCUUACAAUUUGCGUUUGCUUUUAGUUUGAAACAAAAACAAAGAGAAAAGAGCGUUGCAGAUUGUUUGUAAGGUUUCUCUAUUCUGCUUUAAAGUUAGUUGUUUCUCAUGUCGAUCGUACAACCCAAAAAUCCAAGUUCCAGAGCGUUUCUAUGUUGUUGAUUGUUUGUCUUUAUUUUGAGUCUUUAAAUUUGCCUUUGAGAUUUGUUGUUUUGAUUCCCAGUUAGAGUAUCUUAUUUGAGCUCAUAAAACCCAGAAAAUCCAACCAAAAAAAUCUAAAAGGAAAAUGAAGAAAAUGUUUCAUAUUGUUUGCUUUUUGGUCUGAGUGUUAUUUGCCUUUCAGAUUCCUUUUUUCUUUCCGAGCUCAUAUAACAUCACAAAAUAGAAAAAAAAAAAUAAAAAAAUUGUUGGGCUUAUACCUGGUGAAGGACCUACCAUCAGUUCUGAGUAUUCACUCUCUUCGUUUGAAGUAUUGGAUUGGAGUUUCCUCAACAAGUCACUAGAGGGAAACUGCUUUUGAUCCUUCGACUAUCUUAUCUUCAAGUAUAAAUUCAAACCGGUUAUCCUUGUUUCGAGUUUCAAGUCUCAAUGGAUAUUCUCAUUUCCAUUGCUGGAAAAGUAGCGGAGUAUACUGUUGCACCUAUUGGACGACAAGCAUGUUAUUUAAUAUUCUACAAAGACAAUUUCAAGAAGCUAGAUGAUGAUGUCAAGGAGCUCGAGGAUACAAGAGUAAGAUUGAACCACUCGGUUGAAGAAGAAAGAAGAAAUGGAAAAGAAAUAGAAAGAGAUGUGCAGAACUGGUUGGAGAAGGUGAAUGAGGUCAUUGAAGAGGCAAAUCAGCUUCAGAAAGAUCCUGGUCGUGCAAGGGUGGGGUGCUCUGGAUGGUCAUUCCCCAAUUUGAUUUUACGUCAUAAACUUAGUAGGAAAGCUUCAAAGAUAGCAAAUGUGGUUGUUGAGGUACAGGGAAAAGGGAAAUUCGAUCCAGUUUGUUACCUUCCUCCUUUGGAUGGAGUAGGUUCCACUUCCAGCACAGGUGGUAAUGAAAAGCUUGAGACAAGAGAGUCAAUUAAGGAGGACAUUAUGCACGCUCUUAGAGACCCUAAAGUACGCAACAUUGGGGUCUACGGGCUAGGCGGUAUGGGUAAGACCCAUAUGGUGAUGGAAGUUGCUCAAAUAGCUAAGCAAGACAAAUUGUUUGAUGCAGUAGUUAUGGCCAAUGUAUCCAAAACUCCAGACCUCAGAACAAUUCAAGGGGAGAUUGCGGAUUUGUUGGGUUUGAGAUUUGAUGAGGAGACUGUUGUUGGUAGAGCAUCGCGCUUAAGGCAGAGAAUUAAAGUAGAGAAAACUAUCCUUGUCAUUCUUGAUGAUAUUUGGACCAAACUUGAUUUGAAGAAAGUGGGAAUUCCUUCUGAGGAUGAACAUAGUGCUUGUAAGCUAUUGAUGACUUCUAGAAAUAAAGAUGUGUUGGUCGAAAUGGAUGCUAAACUGAAUUUCAAAGUUGUAGUUUUGAAUGAAGCAGAAACAUGGAAGUUAUUUCAACUCAUGGCUGGGGAUGUAGUUAAGGAUAUCAAUUUACAUGAUAUAGCAAAUCAAGUGGCAAAAAAAUGCGCAGGUUUUCCUCUUCGGUUGGUAACGGUAGCACGGGCAUUGAAAAAUAAAGAUAUUCAUGCUUGGAAUGAUGCAUUAAGGCAAUUAAAAAGUGUUGAUCAUCAGGGAGUGGAUGCAAUGACUUAUUCUGCUUUGGAAUUGAGUUACAAAUCAUUGGAGAGCGAUGAAAUGCACGUACUCUUACUUUUUGCUGUACUUGGUUCCUCCAGUGUGGAGUACUUAUUGAAAGUUGCAAUGGGUUUGGACAUAUUCAAGCCUAUAAAUACUGUGAAAGAUGCAAGACAUAGAUUUUACAAAAUAGUUGGAUCCUUGAAGGCGUCUUGUCUGUUGUUUGAAGAUAACACACGUGAGCAUAUCCAAAUGCAUGACCUUGUUCCUGAAGUAGCUAUCUCCAUAGCUUCAAGAGAUCAAUAUGUAUUUUUUGUGCAACCAAAGACUGAGUUGAAAUGGCCAACAAAGAAUUUUCUUGAAAGGUGCACGCAGAUCAUCUUAGAUAGUUGUCAUAUUCAUGAGCUUCCUCAAAGGUUAGAUUGUCCUAACGUGAAGCUUUUUUGCUUGGAUAGUGCUAAUCGUUCUUUAGAAAUCCCAAAUCCUUUUUUUGAGGGAAUGGGAAGCCUCAAAGUGUUAGAUUUGACAAGGUUGAACUUGUCUUCGUUACCCACUUCUUUUCAGUUCCUAACUAGGCUUCAAACAUUGUGUUUGGAUCAAUGCAUUUUGGAAAAUAUGAAUGAAAUUGGAGCUUUGAAAAAUUUAGAAAUUCUUUGCCUUUGGAAAUCUUCGAUGACAAAAUUGCCAAGAGAAAUAGGGCAAUUGACUUAUCUAAGAAAGCUUGAUUUGAGCUAUUCUGGUAUUGAAGUCUUCCCACCCAACAUCAUAUCGAGCUUGACUAAAUUGGAGGAGUUAAAGCAUGUUAUAUUUCCUAAUCUGGAAACCCUUAAGUUGAGCUCACUCAAUUUGAACAAAAUUUGGGAUGACGGUCAACCUUCUAUUUCCAAAUUGACAAACUUGAUUGUGGAGAAUUGUGGUGGGCUAAAGUACUUGUUCUCAUCCACCAUGGUUGGAAGUUUUAUUAACCUCAAACGGCUUGAAAUCAGUAAAUGUCAUUUGAUGGAUGAGAUAAUAGCCACUGAAGAGAGAAACAAUGGUACUGCUUCACUCAAUGAGGUUCCAUUUUCAAAAUUGGAGACAAUCAUAUUGAAGGAAAUGGAAAACUUAGAAGCAAUAUGGCACCACCAAUUUGAGACAGUGAAGACUUUGCAAGUUAAAAACUGCAAGAAAAUUGUAGUGGUUUUUCCUUGUUCAAUCCAGGAAACAUAUCACAAUCUAGAGAUGUUAGAGGUUACAGAUUGUGCUUUAGUGGAAAAGAUAUUUGAUUUGACUUUGAAUGAAAAUAGCAGUAUAGAGGAUGGAACACAACUGAAAAGCAUUACUUUAGAAGCAUUGCCAAAGCUGAAAAGGACAUGGAGUAGGGAUCCUGAAGGAACUCUUCAUUUUCAUAAUCUAGAAAAUGUAUAUCUAAGUAAGUGUGGAAGCUUGGACUAUCUAUUUCCAUUUUCUGUUGCCACUCACUGCUCACUUCUCAAAGAACUUUCUAUAAAGUGGUGUGGGAACAUGAAGGGAAUUGUUGCAGAGAAGGAAGGAUCCAUGUGCACAACUCCCCUAUUUGAGUUUAACGAACUAAAUACUUUAUUGCUCUGGUGCUUAUACAAACUCAAGGGUUUCUAUGCUGGAAAUUAUACUUUGGCAUGUCCAUCUUUGAGAAAAAUAGAUGUUUGUUGGUGUGCAAAAUUGAAUUUAUACAAUCUAUCUACAAAUACUGAUGGAAGGUUUCUAGAUGGCAAACACCCUUUUACUGUGCAACAGUCACUUUUCAGAGUCGAAGAG